UUCUAUUUUUUUUUUCGACUUUAAUGUGAAAUCCUUGCUUCUGGUCAAUGUCACUGCCAAUUUUUUGACUAAACCUUUACCCAAAUUGGGGCAUAGUUAUUCACAGCGUGUUAGAAUGAAAUAAAAAUUAAAAACAAUGAACUACCGCCAUACACCUGACCCAAACUCUUCCCCAAAUGUCAUCGGACCAAUUCUUGUGCAAAAUUUUUUUUCGCAAUCGGCGGUUCUUCAGUUCCCACAAGCCUCUAAAACUCUUUGAAUGGUAAAAACAGUCCCGGCGUGGAGGUGGGGGCUCACACAUUGGGUAACUUCCCCUACCCGCAAUCGAAGAAAACUCUUUGACAAUUCUGUGUACGGUCAUACGUCGUUCCGUCGUGACCGGGGGUGUCCCAAAAAAUGAAAAAAGUGUUGUUGUUUCUGGUCGCCGGCGUCCUGGCGACCCAUGCUAAGUUCCACUGGAACCGGACGAGUUUUCCUCGAGUGCCCGUCUGGAAUUUCACCAUCGAAGAGAAAACGCUACUCAAUGCUGAGCAAACGGGAAAACUGUGCCUGAAAAACGUCGACAAGUGCAUGGAAGAAGACUUCAACUAUGAAACGACCGCUAAUCGACUUGCCGAUUUCGUCUUCGGAAUGGUCCCACCGUUCGACAUGAGUCAAGUCGAGGGAGUCGGCGAGGAUUGCAAAAGGCAGAGCCAGAAGUAUGUCGAAGAGUUGCUCAAAUUCAAGUUGUGGGCACUCAAAAUGUAUGAUGCGUCGGCGAAAUUACCAACGGGGAUUUUGAACGGGAAUGUUAAUCAAUUAGGCGAUUUCGACUUGUGUUUACAAGCCAUUGAMAGAAGUCUAGAUAUUAGAGGGAAAUAYUGCCUUGCUUCUAUGCAAGUAGAAGCAGGAGYAGCGAGUCCUUAUAUUCUAGCGUUGCAUAGAUUGGCACAGUCGCAUCAACAUUUCAGGAGUCAGCUCGAUGACCCAGGGCAUCGCGUCCCCCGCUUUUCGAGCGUCAACUGGGCCCUCUGCGUCCCCAACGCCUGCUCCUCCUCGGACGUCCAACUCGCCCUCCGAACCAAAAUCAAAACAAUCACCAAAAACACCGAUUUAGCAGUUCGAGUCCUCGUCGAACCAGACAUGUGCCAAUCAAGCCAAAAAGAACCGUUGCCGACCUCGACCAUCAUCACCUCGGGAAUUUUCGCCGGAAUUGUCCUUCUGGUGGUUGUGAGUACGGUUUAUGACUGUUAUGCCCUCGGAGAGAAAAAUAAAUGGAUGGUGGCGUUUUCUUUGAAGAAAAAUUGGACGACUUUGGUCACUGUAAAGCAAUCGAGUGAUGACAUCGAGGCCAUCCACGGGAUUCGGUUUUUGAACGCAUUUCUGCUGGUUUUGGCUCACAAAAGCAUGGCCAUGUUUUUCACGCCGUAUAUGAAUCGGACGGAGAUGAUCGAGUUUGUUUCCCGGCCCUGGACCGUGAUUGGCCGAGCGGCUAGUCUCUACACCGACCCUUUCAUCCUCAUUUCGGGCACUCUAACGGCAUAUUCCCUUCUUGGCAAAUUGAAGAAAAAUGGAAAAAUUAGCAUCCGAGAAGAAUACAUUUCUCGCCUUUUCCGGAUUUUGCCCACUUUUGCCGCAUUGAUCGCAUUUUGUACUUUUGUCCUUCCCUGGAUGAAUCAAGGGCCCAUGUGGAAUCAAGUAGUAACACAUCAUUCCGACCUAUGCAAAAAAUACUGGUGGAGGAAUUUACUAUUUAUUCAUAAUUAUUUCGGUUUUAAGGAUAUGUGUUUGACGCACACACACCACGUAGGAAUCGACACUCAACUGUUUUUCGUUUCGCCACUUUUUGCCUUGUUGCUAUGGAAAUGGCCAAAAAGAGGUGUCUAUGUUUUGGCGUUUUUGGCACUCGCUUCGACUGUAUGGCGCUAUUACGUCACCUAUACUAUGAAAUUAUCAAAUUAUAUUCAUUUUGGGACAUCAAUCACUCAGUUGUUUGACACAGCCGACAAUAUGUACAUUAUUCCGAUUCAUAGAGCCACUGUAUAUAUCAUGGGAGUUUUGCUUGGUUAUAUUUUGAGGAAUUUUAGAAACACCACAUUAAGCAAAAGUCAGCUCCGAAUUGGCAACACAGUGGCCCUCCUUAGUUUUCUAGCUUCCCUUUUUGGCCCAGCCUUCAUGGGGAGUAUAGACUACGUGUACAACCCCACAGAUGCGGCAUGGUAUGCCGCGUUCGCCCCUAUACUCUGGUGUUUCUCCUUCGGUUGGAUUAUUUUUACUAGUCAUUUGGGAUAUAAAGGAUUUUUCGAACGGUUUUUCUCGUGGCCACCAUUUUCACUCUGGACCAAAAUCUCCUACACAGUGUACUUGACACAGUUCCCUGUUUUCUUCUACAAUGUUGGUAUUACCAGAACAACCCAACAUUAUGGGUUUUUUAAAAUUUUACUCAACUUACAAGAACUGACUUGGGUUUGGUUCUUGUCUGUUGUUUUAACUUUAUUAAUAGAGAUGCCAUUCCAAAAUAUUAGAAAUAUAAUAUUUAAGAAAGAAAGAACGUCGGAACCCCUUCACAAAAAGAUUAGUUGAUCUAGUUUUAGUCUUUUUUAUUUACUUAAUUAAGUUUGUUGAGAAUAAAAUAAAUUGAUAAACUGA